AUGCUAUUGUCAAAUGAAGAAUAUUUGAAAUCAUUAGCCCUACUUUUUGUAUCGAAAAAAGAGAAAGGUACUAUAUUUUUAACACAAAAACGGUGGAUAGAUUCAUAUAAAAAUCCAGAAGAUGUAUUAAAAGAAGAAAAUGAAACAUCUAGUGAAUCUUCCUCGACUUAUAAACUUCUUUUUAGGGCUACAGAUGGAAAAGGGAUGAAAAUUUCUACACUUGUAGAUUCUUCAUUUUUACUAUCUUUUUUUUCAAAAUACACAGAAAUAUGCAAAUCUGGAAUGGUUUGCUUAAAAAAGCGUGACAGAAAAAAACAACGAGCCAAGAAAAAUAAAACAGCUCAUGUAGACACGAAAUCAUAA